AUGGCGGAAUCAAACGUCAGGCCGCUAAGUCGCAAUGCAGAUAAUCAGACCGAGCCAAACGAAGAUUUCUCGCCAUUGUUUGAAGCGAGAACGAGGAAACAACUCAGGGCGAUCGAAAAAAGAAGACUGACGAAUCUAACUAAAAGAAUAGAAAAUCACAUGGUAGAAAGCGGUAGCAGAACCGAAGUGCAGUUCUUAAGAAAAGAGCUGGCCAACCAGCUGGAAGAAUGCACAAGAGCUCACAACUUGUAUCGCCAGUCAAACGACCUAGAUGAAGAACCAUCAGAUGACUGGAUUAUCCAGCUAAAAAACGUCACCGCAACCUGGUACGGACGCAUCGACGAAUACAUCCGCACCGUCAAUCGACCACCUUCAACCGCCCCGAGCAUCCCAAGUUCAUCCGCCCGUUGCAGGCAAAGCAUCCGGAGCAAUAAUUCUUGGCUUAACCCAAAGGACCCCAGAGCCUUUCAGCAACAAGAAAACGGAAAGCCCUUCGACGACCAAGACUCAGCUUCAGUCAGCGAGAUACGCGAUUUGCCUUCCGAGAAGAAGGACGAGAACGAAGUAAAACAACGGUUGGUUGAAGAAAAAUUGGCGAGAGAAGAUCUGGAAAGAAGAUUCCAACAACUUCUGGCGUACAUGGCUGCGAAAGAAAAAGUCGGUCCUGAAAAAGAAGACAAUGCAGCCAUGAUAUUAUUGACAGAAGAAUUACAAAACCUGCGCCUUCAAAUGAACGAAUGGAAGCAGGUCCAGGAUGCAGAAAUGGCAAACCGCAUCAAGCUGGAAAAGUCCUUACGGGACGACAUCGAAAAACAAAAAAGAGAAUUGGAAGAAGAAAAACACGCUCGUCAGACCGAAAAGCAUCGGUACGAACGGGAAAAAGAAAGCGACUGGGGAAAAUUUAGGUCCACCAUCGAUGAGCGCUUAGCGCAACAUAAUGAAGCAACAUCCACCAACGCAGCGCACAACACGGAGUCACAUGGACAGCACCAAGGAGCAAGACCCAAAAAACCAACAGCCUCCGCGGGCAACCAUGAUUCCGGUCCGCCGCCUUACAGGCAAGAUUACGUCUCUACCGACGCGGAAUCAGUACAAUAG